CGCACUGUUAUUAGCGGGUCGGUCGUGCCGGGAGAAGCGUCCGGAGUGAGCAGCCAUGGCGUUCGUGUUCAGGAGAGGCCGCGAACGGCCCUUCAAGCACAUAGCUCACGGCCUGGUCCCUGCUGCCACCAUAGCUCCUAAACCCGCCGUGCCCCGCACCCCCCCCCCUCGUAGCCCAAACCCUUCUCCAGAUCGGCUCAGAUCUGCUUUAGCAGCAGCCAUCCUUACCACAACGCUGACAGGGCGCACUGUUGCUAUUCCUCAGCCUCGGCAGCGAUCGCUUUCUGAAGGUGAUUCUGCCCACGUAGAACAGCAGGACUUUGAACCAUAUGCAACAGUCACAGAGCUCGGAAUGGGGCCCAACUGGAAACUUGAUGGCAGUGACAGAUCUCUGGUAGAGUCACUGGAAAUAACAGGCAGCUACUGUGAAGAUGAGGACAUGGAAACCUAUCCUUCAGAUGCUGGUAGAGAGGCAGAGGCAGAGUCCAGCUCUCAGAGUAAUGAGAAACAAGAAGAAAGGUUUAGCAGCAAUGCGAUUUAUGCAGUUCCCCGUAAAAACAAAAAGAAAGAGUUUCAACCAUCUCCUAGUAAUGAUGCUGAGAAGAAAGAAACAUCUCAUGAAAGCCAGUAUCAGGUGUUGGUGGAUGAGUCAAACAUGCAAUCUGAAGAGAACAAAGGGCUUGGUGUGAAUUCAAAGGAAGAAAAAUCAUUAGCUGAAAGCCUUAUCCGGGAGAAGCCUCCACCAUCCCCAGAUGUUUCUAUUCGUGCAAGGCAAGCACGGGAAAAUAUGACUAGAGAAAAGCUCAGAGAGCUACAACAGGAAAACUGGUCUUUGAACAAGGCAUACCAGGCUGCAGGCCAACAACUCGAGGGAAUAAAACAGCAAAUGGAAGAACAGCAAUUAAAGCUGAAGAGACUAGAAGAAGAAAACAGAAAACUUAAAGAAGCUGCAAAGAGACAUAAUGAAGAAGUGACUACAGAAUUACUCUCUUUGAGACAACAAGCACAAGAACUUGUAGAUGAAAACGAUGCUUUGAAACUGACAGUCCACCGUUUGAACGUAGAGUUAAGUCGCUAUCAAACUAAAUUCAGGCCACUGACCCAAGAAGAGCAUCUGCAACUAAAUAGUUUGCCCACUAAAGGACCACCACCCCCAUGGCUGCUGGAUGUGAAGUAUUUGUCACCUCUUCUGUUGGCAUAUGAAGACAGAAUAAAAGAAAAGGAAGAUUUAAAUGUUGCACACGAGGAGGAUUUGAAGAAUUUUAAAAUACAAGUCAAAGAGCUGGUGAAGGAAAACGAAGACCUGCACGAGCAAUUAAAUAAAGAUAAUUUAAUUACCACUACUGAAUGGAACCAGCUACAAACUCAGGCCAGGUUGGUCUUGGAAGAAAACAGAUUGUUGAUGGAGCAGCUUGAAAUUCAACAAGCUAAAGCAAAAGACAGUCAUAGACAACACGUUCAAGAAGCUUCAAAAUUGACCAAACAGAUAAUAAUUUUCGAAGAGAAUAAACAGAGCCAAGAAGAACAGAUCAGAGACUACCAGAAGCAGCUGAAAGCUCUACAUGCUACUUGUGAAGAGCUCAAAGCCAAACUGGAUAGCAGAAUAGCAGCAGAGGAGCACUUUGCUUUGGUGAAUGACUUGAAAAGCCAUUUACAGCAGGAGCAGGAGAAAAAGCGCGUUGAGGUGGAAGAUCUGAUGGGAAAGAUUGCAUCGCUGCAAGCUGAUAACAAGAAACUGCUUUUACAGAAAAAUAACUUCAUGGCUGACAAGACGGCCCUGGAAACUGAGAUGGAAAUGACACAGAAAACAAACAGGCGAUUAAAGAAGAAAAUAGGUCUUUUGAAACAGCAGUUGGAGGAAGCAAUUGAAAAAGAAGUUGCAGCCCAUCACUAUCUGACAAACCUUAUCGGUCUGGUGGAAAAGAUAGCUCAGGAACGCGAUCAUCUUAUCUUUUUGGCCAAGUGCUUGGAAAAUGAGAACCAUGGAGUUCUUAAGAAAAUAGUAGAAGGCAGUCUACACUUAGGAAGGUUGGAAGAAAAAAUGAAGAUCUAUAAAAAGAGAGCAGCUGGGAAGCUUGGAGAUAUCAGUCUCAAAAUGACUGAGCAGGAGAAAGAUUUUGCUGGGAAGACUGCUCAGUAUCAGCAAGAAAUGAAGCACCUCCAGCGUCUGCUGCAAGACAAACAGGAAACACUUGAUGAAGUGCUGCAGCAAAAAAAAAAAGUAGAAGGUGAACUUGAAGUCAUUUGGGAAUCCACAUCCAAAGAAAACAGGAGAAUGAAAGAACUUUUACAUAAAUCUUUGGGAAAUAACAAUAUGUGGAAUAAUGUUACAGGUAAUGAGUUGUACUUGGAUGAAAUCUCUCAGAAGGAUCUUCUCUAUGGACAUGACUUUAGCUACUGUGAUGUGAAACAGUCACCUACUAAAAACGAAACUCAACAACAAUCUUAGCAAUAAGAAUAAGGAUAGCUUAUGUUAUCUUCAUACCAAAGAUAGGAUUAUUACAGAAAGAACUCUGUGCCUGAAUUUGACAACACUGAACAGUAGAACAGUUACUGUCUUCAAAAUUAAUGUAUUUUUUAUAAUCAGUAAUAUGACAACAGCAUAUUCCCCAGCUAUAGCAAUUAUGAAUAUAAAUCUGCACUUUUAAUUUUUUUUUAUCUUUUUAUUUUUUGAAGAAAAAGCUGUUCCUUACUCAGGCAAAAACGUGGUACACUUCCACAUUAACAUAAAACAACUUUCCAGUUAAAGAGAAGAAACCUAAGCAGCUGAUAAGCUUGGAGUUGUAACACAGGCAAAGCACGUUCCUAGCUUUAGAUUAACCGAACAGCAAAGAAGAAAGCCUCUGUGUGGUAAAUAAUGUCUCUUGUUAUACAUCUUAAUUAAAAGGCCUAAUUUUAGGCAGUUCCUUCAUUCUGUAGUUCACCAAAUGAACUAUAGAGGAAAUACAACCAAAACCAAAGAAAAAAGAAAAGAAGCAAUUUUGGUGUCUGUUCUCCAAUCUUAACCUGAUUUGCAAGGAUGUUCUUAAAUUGAUUGCGGGACAAAGAUCUUCCAAGAAAUAUUUAACUGCAAAGCAGAUGGGGACACAAACAGCUUUAUGGUGUGUGAAAGCACAGCUGUCCACAAAGCAGAAUUGUAGGAAUCCAGCCAUCAACACGUUUCCUCCCUCAGUUUUAGCAAGGCUGAUGAAAUAGAUGCUGACAGAAGAUGCAGUCCUCCUCCUGACUGAGCAGUCUGAAUCCCACUUCAGAUUCAUCUGCUUUGCAAGAAGUCACACUGACUUCUUCCAGAGCAUUUUCUGUAGCAGUGCCAGUCCUUAAAUUAGUAUGAUGUGUAUUCAUUUUCCUAAGAAUUGUUUUUUCUCAAUACUGCACAUCAGUAUGAAAGUAUUUCAGUAUUAAGUCAUAUUAUUUCUGUUUUGGAACUCAUACAUAAUUUUUUGGAUCAGUUUUUUGUUUGUUGUCUCAUGUACAUAAUAAAAAGCCAAAUGGAACCAGAACAUUUUAACACUGUACUGAAAUCUGUAACUAUAGAAGUUGUAUAAAACUAGAAAUGUUUAAUCAUCACAUUGACUUUGGUAAAGGUAACAAAAAAAAAAAACAAACAGAAAAAGUUAAAUACAGAGAAGAAUACAUACUGCUACUGUAAAGGACCAGAAAAACGUCCUGCUUUCUUGAGGCAUUUUUUUUUCAUAGGAAUCAGUACUGGGAAAUUAUUGUUUAUUUAAACAAACAAACCUUAAAAUUAGAAGCAUUUUUAACUUGUUAAACAUGCUCCCUACACACACACAGCAUUGAGGUCAACUGCCUGUAAACAUCACCUAAGGUGGAUGAACUCUGAAUGCGAACACCAAACAUUGUUAAGAAGCUUUAAGCACUUUUACAACUUCUCAUUACGAAUCAAAUGAAAUACAGUUACAUGCUAUUUCAAAACUGGUGUCAUAAAAGUGAAAGGUUGUUUAGCGAUAACAGAAGUUCAUGCACGUUGGAUACUCAAAGCUUUCCAAAUACAGUCCCUCCUGUCAGCGCUUAAUCCAUUUAUCAUGCAAUACAGUAGUGUCACUAGGGCAUUAUCUGCUAUCAGCUGAGGUAGCACCUAUGCAGGUUUAUACCCAGCUCAUCUGGCAAAUGUUUUGGUAAUACUUAAGAAUGUUGAAUGAAGUUUAUUUUGGGCAUCUUCAAUCUUUUAGUUACCAGGACUGUGUAGUUUUUAUUAAUAUACUUGCACAUGUUCAAUAAAACUGCUUUUUUUCCUA